UUUUAUUUUUAGUGUUUAAUCAUUUAAAUAUUUACAACUAGUAUGUUUCUAACUGGCAGAUGGGGUCAUCUUCAUAUGUCAAUCAUACAAAAUUGCAAACAUCUGGAUCUUCCCCCAUGCUACUAACUCCACAACUGGUAUCUCCUCGUAGCGAAUCAAUAUCUUCCAAGGUAAAAAAAAUUCUGACUGCUUCACCCAAAGUUAUUAAAGAUAAGGUUCAAGUACUGCAAAAUAAAACUUUUGGUGUGCCAUUGGAAUAUUUAAAUCAUAGAGAUCAAAGUGAUGUUCCUAUUAUAGUAACAAGACUUUGUGAAUAUCUAAAGUUACAUGGACUAAAGCAUGAAGGUCUAUUUCGUGUCAAUGGUAACAUGAAAGUAGUUGAAAAGUUAAAAACAGCAUUUGAUAUGUAUGGUGAUGCUGAUAUUGAAGAAAUAGGUGAUAUUGCAGCAGUGGCUAGUCUCCUAAAGUUAUUUUUGAGAGAGCUUUCCGAGCCGGUUAUACCUGAAGAAUUGCAACCUAUAUUUAUUAAAAUUCAAGAUCAGCAUGGAAAAGACAAGAAAAAAGCAGCUUUUAUGUUAAAAGAAAUAAUUCAGAGAAUGCCAAAAGGGAAUGCUUUAUUGCUCAAAUACCUUUGUGAGUUUAUGCUAUCAAUUGCAGAUGGCUCAGCAGUAAAUAAGAUGACACCUCUUGCAUUAGCAAUUGUGUUUGGACCAAAUAUAUUUCGUUGUGGUGAAGGUUUAGAGGGUUUAAGGGAACAAGCUUAUGUGAAUGCAGUUCUUCUAAUUAUUUUACAAGAAUUUAACGAAAUAUUUCAAAUAAAUAAUACUAUGUUUCCGGACAGCAAAGAAGUUGGAUCACCAGAAAAACCCAUUCCAUACUUUGAACACAUGAAAGUUAUGAAGAAUCAUAGACAACGACAUAAAACAAUAUAUACAUCUGAUGCUUUAAUACUGGAUUCGGGGGAAAAAGAUUCAGCAGAACAAGGCUCCUAUUAUAGAAGUCGAAAUGUUACUCCAAAGAUUACAAUUAAUACAAGUGACGAUAAAGUCUUGAAAAAUGAAGUUAACAAUGAAGAUAUUAACCUUGACAAUUCAUCUCUUUCUCCGUUAAACAAAAAUUUGGUUACAAAAAUGAUAAACACUUCCGUAAAAGAACAUCUUUUUGGUAAUAAUAUGUCAUCUACAGAGUCAGACAUUUUGGAUGAACAUCUUACUCCACUUACAUUACCUCAUCAUGAUAGAUUAGGUGAUUUAGAUAUUGAUGUAGAUAAUUCAAAUGAGUAUGGGAAAGUUAAAAAAUUAAAGAAAAACGUUUCCAAAACUCUAUCUUCACCAUACAAGCUUACUGAGAAAUCUCUCACAGACAAUGAUUUAAUGUAUAUUGCAGAGAGGACCAACUCACCGUUGGAACCACUAACUACAGCAAGGGCACCUCCCCCACAAAACCGUAGAAAAAUGUCGAGAAGUACUUCAGUGGGGCAUAAAAAACAACUGCAAUCUUCGAAUCUAUCUGCUCCAUCCUUGGAUAUUUAUAAAUUGAGCUUUGAAGAAGAGGCAAAAACAAAAGAUAUAAAAAAAAAAGAGUCAAGGCUGUUCAAUCAAAAUUUUGUUCCUUUUCACUCCAGCCCAAUUCAUGUGGAUGAUAAUAGAGAUCUAAACUUUAAGGAUAUGAUUCAACAAGAACAUAAAUAUGAUACAACUAAUCAAGACCUCAAAAAGAAAAUUGCAUCAUUAAAAAAAAUCAUUAAAGUAUUUGAAGACAAUUUUGAAGAGGUUGAAGGACGAAAGCCGAAAAUCUCUGAGAAGUAUGAGAUACAGAAGUAUAUAACUGAGUUAGGAAAACUUAAGAAACAAUUAAAUGAUGAAGCAUUCAAAUUAAUUAAUCCACCUAAUGUGUCUAAACAUAAAGAUUCUGAUGUUAAAGAAUUAAGUGAUAAAGAAGAUCUCUCUAAGGAAGAUACUCUUAUUGCACUCUUCAGUAAAUUAGAUAAAAAAAGAAAAGAAGUUGGUCGACCCCAUGAUAUAAUG